CAGAGGACACCUAAAACAUACUUGUUUGCAGCGUGGAGAGGAGCGAAACUGGUUAAAGGAUCAAAAUGAAGCACUUAACGUUGUUGGCUUUAGCACUAACUUUAGUUGUUUCGAUAUGUGUUGCAAAAUCGCCAUAUCAAUCAGUUCUGCAGCACAGUAGAAUACGAGGACGACCACAUGGCCCGAACGUCUGUGCAAUGCAGAAGAUUCAGGGAACGGAUAAGAAGUAUUUCACCAACUGCAAACAGUGGUAUCAUCGCAAAAUCUGUGGAAAGCCAACGGUGAUCAGCUAUGAGUGCUGUCCUGGUUAUGAAAAAGCAACAGGAGAGAAGGGCUGUCCUGCAGCCUUGCCCCUGGUGAACAUCUACAAUACCUUGGGUGCGGUUGGAGCCACCACCACUCAAAUGUACUCCGACAGGGCCCAGCUGAGGGGGGAGAUCGAGGGGCCUGGCAGUUUCACCUUCUUUGCCCCAAGCAACGAGGCCUGGGCUGCCUUGCCAACUGAAAUUCUAGAUGCCUUGGUGAGCAAUGUCAACAUCGAGCUCCUUAAUGCACUUCACUACCACAUGGUCAACAAACGUCUGACCUCCGAGGACCUGAAGCACGGCGCUGCCUUCCCCUCCAUGUAUCAAGACUUUGAUGUUCACAUCCACCACUAUCCCAAUGGGAUUGUUACAGUGAAUUGCGCCCGCCUUGUGAAGACCGACCAGCACGCGACCAAUGGAAUCGUCCACGUUGUGGACAGAGUCAUCACUGCUAUCACCAAUGAUGUCAGCUCUUUAAUUGACACCGAUGAUGAUCUGGAGACUUUGCGUACUGCCGUUGCUGCUGCUGGUCUGACAACCAUGCUGGAAAAUGAAGGCCAUUACACAAUCUUUGCCCCAACAAAUGAGGCCUUUGAGAAGAUUCCUGCAGAUACUUUGACCAGGAUCCUUGGAGACCCAGUGGCCCUGAAAGACAUGCUGAACUACCACAUCCUGAAGAACAUGCACUGCUCCGAGUCCAUCGUGUCAGGAACCCCCUUGGAAACCCUUCAGGGCACAACCCUGGAGGUGGGCUGCGAGGGGGAUGAGAUGACUCUCAAUGGGAAAGCCAUCAUUCAGUCAAAGGACAAACUGGGCACCAAUGGAGUGGUGCACUACAUCAAUGAGCUCCUUAUUCCCGAUUCAGCUAAGACACUCCUGGAGCUGGCCGAGGGAUCCACGGUCACCACAGCAACCAAGAUGUUUGUUGAUGCGGGGCUUUCCGCUCAUCUCACUGGCUCCGAGGCUGUUACCAUGCUUGCCCCUCAGAACGAUGCCUUCAAAGGCAGCUUAACCAUGACUGGUGAGAUGAAGAAGUUGAUGAGGAACCACAUCAUCAAAGAGACAGUGUCUUCCGCAGGCCUUUAUCACGGACAGGAGCUCGAGACCCUUGGAGGACUUAAACUGAGAGUGUUUGUGUACAGAAAUAAUCUGUGCAUUGAAAACGCUUGCAUUGCUGCACAUGAUAAGACUGGACGCUUCGCCACCAUGUUAACAGUUGACAAGGUCUUGGUUCCACCCAUGGGAACAGUUAUGGAUGUUCUGAAGGCAGAUAAUCGUUUUAGCACUCUGGUCGACGCCAUUCAGAAGGCUGGCAUGACUGAGCUGCUGAAUAAGCAGGGUGCCUACACCGUGUUUGCGCCCACCAACGACGCCUUCAGGGCCAUGCCCUCUGCUGACCUCAACAGACUUAUGAGUAACACCCAGCAGCUUGUUAGCACUCUGAAGUACCAUAUGGGUGAGGAGCUCCUGGUCAGCGGAGGGGUAACCUCUCACACCCGAGUGCAGCCCAUGCUGGGGGAGAGGCUGGAGCUGGGUGUGCGAAACCAAACCAUGUAUGUUAACCGAGUGCCAGUUGUUGAGGCUGACCUGAUGGCCACCAACGGGGUCGUUCACGCCCUAAACGCCAUCAUUAAGCCACUCCCUCCCAAGGUUCAGAGCGACCAGGCCGCUGGCUCUGUGGUGAUGACUCGUACAUCUGCAGUGAGAUCUGGCACGCAAGUUGUGAGAAAUGAUGAUCUCUUCCAGAAGGUCAUGAAAAGUCGGUCCAGUAAAACGAUGACUCGUGUUCAGUAAAUCCUGUUGAGCAAGGAGAUAAAUAUUAACUUCACCCUCCAAUAUUUGAAGUUGUAGUGUUUGGUUAAUGGAAUAUAUUCUCAUUUUGGUCUUUCAGAUGGUAAGAUGUUUAUUCUUGUGAAAAUUGCAAACAGUAAAUCUGUCGAUAGAAUCAAAAAUAACUAUUUUAGCAGUCAGAAAUGAUUUUCUUGAACUGAAAUAACAAAGGCCAAGAUUUGGAUUUAAGCAAUUUCUUGUAAGAACUAUAUAAUAAACCAAAGACAGCAAUUUGAUAUGAUUUUGUGUAGCUUUAUAAAGUAGUUUUGAAUAUCCAUUCAAGUGACUUCUGUUUUUCAGUUUAAGAAUGUUUAUCCAGAACAGAUUUUGAGAAUUGUAUACUGUGUUUUGUUUUAAUAUACCUGUAGCAUGUUUGCAUGGUUUAAGCUGGAACAAAAAUGCUAUUUGGGCACAUACCAAUGCAGGUUGAUAUCAUGUCUCCUUGAACAUUUUUUAUCUUCUGUGUUUUCAUCAGUUUAAAGUCAUAAAUCACACACAAAGCAUUUGUACAUUACUGUGGCAGUAAAUCAAGCAACAAUGUCUGCACAUUUUUGAAUAAAACAUUUCAUUUUUUA